GGGCUGCGACCCCGCCCUGGGAGAGGGCGGUUCCGGGUCGGGUGUAUUUCAGGAGCGUAUUUGCCGCCCCAACCAGGUACCUCAGCACUUCGCCAGGAGCCACCCCUAGGACGAGCUAGGGUGCACCGCGUGGGGAAAAUGGCUGACAGUUUUUCGCUUAAUGAUGCUGGGUGUGGAAACCCAAACCCUCAAGGAUGGCCUAGUCCAUGGGGAAACCAACCUGCUGGGGCUGGGGGCUACCCAGGGGCUGCCUAUCCUGGGGCCUACCCAGGACAGGCACCUCCUGGGGCCUACCCAGGGCAAGCACCUCCUGGAGCCUACCCAGGACAAGCACCUCCUGGAGCCUACCCAGGACAAGCACCUCCUGGAGGCUACCCAGGACAAGCACCUCCUGGAGCCUACCCAGGACAGGCACCUUCUGGGGCCUACCCAGGACAGGCACCUCCUGAGGCCUACCCAGGACAGGCACCUCCUGGGGCCUACCCUGGCCCAACAGCACCUGCUUAUCCAGGAGCCUAUCCUGGGCAGCCAAGUAGUGGAUCUGGGGUCUACCCACCUCCUGGGCAGCCAAGUAGUGGAUCUGGGGUCUACCCACCUCCUGGGCAGCCAAGGAGUGUAUCUGGAGUCUACCCACCUCCUGGGCAGCCAAGUGCUCCUGGAGCUUACCCUGGUGCUGGCCCCGUUGGUACCCCUGCUGGACCUCUGAUUGUGCCUUAUGAACUGCCUCUGCCCGGAGGAAUCAAGCCUCGCAUGAUGUUCACAAUUCUGGGCACAGUGAAACCCAAUGCAACCAGAUUUACAUUGGAUUUUAAGAAAGGGAAUGAUGUCGCCUUCCACUUUAACCCCCGCUUCAAUGAGGCUGGCAGUAAAGUCAUUGUUUGCAAUACGGCGCAGGGUAAUAGCUGGGGAACAGAAGAAAGACAGUCAGUUUUCCCUUUUGAAAGUGGCAAACCAUUCAAAAUCCAGGUACUGGUUGAAAAAGACCACUAUAAGGUUGCUGCCAAUGACUGUCACUUGCUGAAGUACAAUCACCGCAUAAGCAAUCUCAGUGAAAUCAACAAACUGGGAAUUUAUGGUGACAUAGACCUCACUAGUGCUUCCUAUGCUGUGAUAUAGUCUUAAAGUUGUGAAUUAAUUUUUCAAAAAUGGAAUUGAAUAUAAACCUUACAUAUUCAAAAUUUAUGCAGAGUGAAGAUUUUGAUGCGUAUCCACCAAUAUCCUUCUUGUAAAUCAUCCAUUUAAUAAACAUUAUAGCCU